GGAGGCACCGCAUUUGCAGCUCAUCAGUCGGCGGGGACCCAUCUGGAUAAUUGGCCCAAAAGUGGAUUUUCGAACUGUGUCAACUAUUUCAACGUCUAUGUGCGGCACGUAAGAGUGUCUGCCACAUAAGUUUAAAAAUCUUAAAAUAUUAGUGCAUUUUAAAAGUAAACUAAGUUUGCUUAAGCAAGUGAUUAAAAAUGAUUGUUGAAAAAAUGCUUGAACGUGCCACCAAGACGGAGCUAUGCACAGUCCUGGUCCUGCUAGCUCUGAGCCUGGCCAUCUACACCUUCUACGGGCACCUGCAAACGUACCUGCGAUCCGUGAUCCUAUCGCUGCGUCUUGCGGGCCCGCCAUCCGUUCCCUUGCUGGGCAACUGCCUGCUUGUCACGGAUAAAGAUUUGAUGGGGAGAGUGGCAGCUAAAGCCUACGACCUGUACGGAUCGCUGGUGCGGGUAUGGGUGCUGCUGUUUCCCUUCUUCGCAGUUCUUCAACCGGAGGAUCUGCAGGUUAUACUCUCCUCCAAGAAGCACACCAACAAGGUCUUCUUCUACCGUCUGAUGCACAACUUCCUGGGCGACGGAUUGAUUACCAGCAGUGGGUCUAAAUGGAGCGACCAUCGCCGGCUCAUCCAGCCAGCCUUCCACCUCAGUCUGCUGGAGAAGUUCAUUGACACCUUUGUGGACGCUUCGCAGUCGCUGUACGAGAACCUGGACGCCUCCGCCGUCGGUACGGAGUUCAACAUCGCCAAGUACGUAAACAACUGCGUCUUGGACAUACUGAAUGAAGCGGUGCUGGGCGUGCCCGUGAGGAAGAAAGGAGACCAACUGGUCAACAUGGAGGACUCCCCCUUCCGGCAGGGCAAGCUCAUGAUGCCCAGAAGGUUCACCCAUCCCUGGCUGUUGCUAGACGGGAUCUACCACUGGACAAAAAUGGCCAACGACGAGCUGAACCAGAAGAAGCGUCUCAACGACUUCACACGCCAGAUGAUCCAGCGGCGUCGGCUGAUCCACAAGUCCAGCAACAACAACAGCGAGCGCAAGUGCCUCCUUGACUACAUGAUCGAGAUAUCCGACAGCAACCCGAACUUCGGAGAGGAGGACAUUGUCAACGAGGCUUGUACCUUCAUGCUGGCCGGCCAGGACUCAGUAGGGGCAGCCGUAGCCUUUACCUUGUUCCUGCUGGCCCAGAACCCAGACUGCCAGGAGAGGUGUCACCAGGAGCUGGAGCAGAUCUUCGACAGCAGCAACAGGGCUCCGUCCAUGGGGGACCUAAGGGAGAUGCGUUACAUGGAGAUGUGCAUCAAGGAGGCCCUUCGUCUCUACCCGAGUGUGCCGCUGAUCGCCAGAAAACUGGGCGAGGAAGUGCGCCUGGGAGACCACACCCUGCCCGCCGGAAGCAACAUCUUUAUCUGCCCGUAUGCCACGCAUCGGCUGGCUCACAUCUACCCCGACCCGGAAAAGUUUCAGCCGGAGAGGUUCUCGCCGGAGAACUCAGAGCACCGCCACCCGUACGCCUUCAUACCCUUCAGUGCGGGGCCCAGAUACUGCAUCGGCAACCGAUUCGCCAUCAUGGAGAUAAAGACCAUUGUGUCCAGGUUGCUGAGGAGCUUCCAGCUGCUCCCGGUCCCUGGAAAGACGACUUUCGAGGCCACUUUCCGGAUCACUUUGAGAGCGUCUGGGGGGCUGUGGGUGCGCCUGAAGCCCCGGGAUCACCCGAUCACCGCCCACUAACAGCCGUGUUCCCUAAAUUCGUUACUUUAACUUUAAUUAGUAUGGUAGAUAUGUAUAUAAAUCGAAACAAUAAUUUAAACACUUA